AAGGAGCAGGCUGGAGCAGAGCGAGAGGGAGAGAGAAUCCCGAUGUGAGCUGUCAGCUCGGGGCCCGAUGCGAGCGCCAUCCCAUGACCUGAGCUGGCACGGAGAGUCGGACGUCAGCAGAGUUGCGGCUUUGGGCUCUGGUGUCUGCACCACCCCCGGAAUCGUGGACCAGACACAGCCCAAGAGGGGACCCUGGGCGUCCGCCCAUCCUUGGCGCGGGCGGCCGCGCGCUCGGCCCUGCUUGGGCUUCUGGAGCGAGACAGAAACCUCACCAGCAGAGGCUAGAGAAACCAGCGUGGGCAAAGGGCGGAUUGUUACCCACCGUCAAUCCGAAAAUAAGAGGGACUUCGUGGGGAAGCCCUGCGGGCUGAUGACUUCACGCUGGCCCUCCUCGGCAUUUCCUGAGGAUCAGAGACCCAGCUCUUGGGCCGGUUCAUUGUCUGUGACUUCAGAGGAGCUUAAGAGAGAGGAGGAAGCAGCCCCACCCCUGCCGCUGGUUCCUGACCUCGGUGAGAGGCGCCGGGGACGUUCUCCAGCCGGGGGAUGGAAGAGAAAGAACCGUGGCUCGAGCGACCGGAGUCAGAUUUGUUCUUGUACCAUUGUCGUCCCGGCUGGCAUCGGCCACGUCUCCCCACCCUUGAGAAGGGGUGCCGUGCGAACGCACGCAUUAGCUGGCGCUUUCCGAUGGCGCUGCGUGCGGGCCCUGCUGGGGCAGAAGCUUCCCGCUCCACUCCCCUCCCCCCUGCUCCAGGUGGGACCCCUGAACUCCCCGCAGAAUGAACAAGACCGUGAGGGGCUGUCGAACCACCGCUCCCUCCUAACUAACCCUGGGGAAGCACAGCUUCCCUUUCAGGGACCGGAGGGACUGUAAUGCUGGUGGGGCAGCCAAUCCCAGUACUCCCCUUCUUGGGAACGGGGUGGGCCACGUGACCCAGGGAAGCCAAUCCCAAUGGUCCCGGCAGCUGGCAGAGCCAAUCAGAGGCUUCCCUGGGAGUUUAUAUUGUGGCCUCCCCCUCCGGAGACCCCCGUUGGCUCUAGGGCUGAGGCUUGGGGCCUCGGCGGCCUGAAGCUGGGGGAACUAUCCCCCCCGCCUUCCCCACGUGGAGGGGGCCUGUAUUCUGGGGGCAACAAGGCCCCAACCUCUGACUCACCCGGGCCUGGGAGUCUUAAGAGUUUCCUUCUUCGCUUAAACAAAACAUCAGUCAAAUCACGUUUGUCUUUGGCUCCCAACUGCGGUGGCUCCCGUCUUGCUCAGAGUAAAAGCCAAAGUUUGGACGGUGGCCCACGGCCCCGUCCCAUCUGGUCUCCAUCCGGUUCUCUCUGGAUUCCUCCCCCACUCGCUCGGUCAGCCUAGCCACUGCGUCCUUGCUCCCGGCCUUCACUCUGGCGGGGGCCUCUGCCUGGAAGUCUCUUCCCCUGGACACGUGCUGUGUUGACACUUCACCUCCAAGUCUUUGCUCAGGUGUCGCCUCCUUCACCCCCGCUCCCCACCCCGCUCCCACCACCGCAUUAAUCCACUGCACAGCCCGCCCCACCCCCACCCGAGCCACUUCUGAUGCCAUUUUGCUGCCUGUGUUUUCUCUGUUCUUUCCACGGCCCAUUUCAUUCAAUGACACGCCAUACAAUUUAUUUCUUGUCCUUACUGUCUAACACCCGGAUUCCUGGGGGGAAGGGGGGGGGGUCUCAGUCCUGUUUGCUGAUGAGCCACAAGCACCGGUCCCGUGCCUGACAUAUAGACCCAACUGUAAUUCACUGAAUUGAUUUAAGCUCACUUGA